ACUGGUUGAAAAGUGGGCUGGAAAAGCGCUCCAAGUUUUGCCUCCUGACAGCUACGGAAAGGAAAUUUUGCGAAAAAGCGAUGUGAUAUGAUGUGAAAAAUUAAACGUAGAGAGUGCAGAUGUCGCAUAAUGGGUGUUCAGAGCUUGCUGCACUACAUAGAGACUGUUUGUCCGAACGCCUGUCAGCUGGUGGACCUGCUCGAAAUUUCCCGGGGUUCCAUUUCUGCAGCAGCCAAGAGGGCACGAGCUGCCCCUUCAUCAGGCUUGUGUUUGGUCAUUGAUGCAGAGACGUGCUUAGACCGUUUGUAUGGAGGGUUCUACUCCGAUUGGGUCUGUGGAGGACAGUGGAAUCGCAUGCUGCAAUUUCUUGUAAAUCUGGUGCAAGUGUGCAAAAAUGCACAGCUAUAUUUGGUUGUGUUUUUUAACGGUGCUGUCGAACUGCAGCAGCUUGGUGAAUGGGCCAAAACCCAAGUUGAAAACCGCGACAAGGCAUCCAAAAUAUUCCGCCAUGUUCAUCUAAAAGGGACGCCACCACCCAAAGUAUGGUGGUUGCCACCGACUUGUGUACGGACAUGUUUACGGAUGGCGUUUCGUGACCUCGGUGUGACAGUUGCUUCCUCAAUGGAUGAUCACAGACAGGAGGUUAUUGCAUAUCUUCGGGAAAACGGGUUCGACGGACUGUUGGCUCAGGAGGCUGACUAUGCCAUUUUUGAUCCUCCACGCUUUUUCUCAGCCCACUGCCUAAAGCUCAAGUUUAGUGGAAAUUUGAUGACCAAGGAGUUUGUCAUGGACGAGGUCGCAAAACAGUUGGAUUUGCAUCCAAACCGUUUUUGUGUUUUUGGUGCUCUGCUUGGUAAUCACAUCUUAACAGAAGAAGAUCUUAGGGAAUUUUUCUGUCAACUUUUGAACAAAAAUCCGAGAGAAUGGAACAUAGAGCUUCAUGACAAGGACAUCAUUCCAGCUGUGGUUCAGUAUGUGCGCCGUUUGGACUCCGUGGAUGAUUUGGAAGCAGUUGGUCGGCAGGUCUUCAGCCCAACCCAAACUGACUUGAAAAACAAAAUGAAACGACUACAACAGAGUGUGCAGUAUUACCUCAACGGAACCGCUGAAGGUUUUCUCAAGUACCUCCCUAAAACGCAUGGUGUUUUUCCAGAACAAAAAAGCCCAUCCAAGGACCCUGGGAGUUACCCUGCUGAGAGGCCAAGUGAGGCCAGCAAGGCUUACGAGGAGCAACUCUCCGAGGCCGAGUCUGUUUACAUCCAAGGAGAAUCAGGUUAUGCCAUGCCCCAGACACCCUCCAUAGUCAUUGAACCCCCUAGUCAAGUGAGGAUAGAAAGGCCCCAGAAGGAAUUGAAGGCUGAAGCACUCCAUGGAAAGAUUAAGAAGAUCGAGUCUGAACGAGAGGAAGAUCCAGACAAACCUUCAGGGAGUGCUCGUCCAAAACUUAGUGAUCCACACAAACUAAGCUCCAUCUCCAGUUCAUCAUCAAGUAGUAAUUCAUCUAGUCCAAACCGACUUAGUCCAGAAGCUUCUUUGCCAGGCAUGAAGAUAUCAAGCAAGUUGUCUGGUGCUGCUCACAAGACAAGUGCUGAGAAGUUAGCCGAGGCUGGAGUUGGGCCACUUUUAGUAUCGCCAGAAAUCAUGAGAAUAGCCAGUGAAAGACAUCAGAAAGGUUUGAUGAGUCCAUUCAUCUACCAAGUUUUGACACAGGGUGAGGUGAAGAUAGACGUUGCAUUAGAAGAUGAGAGAUGUAAAGAUCUACCACCAGCAGUUGACUUUUUCCGCCCAAUACGCCAGAGCAUGUAUGGCAUUUUGUUCAACAGCAAUGCCGGACAAUCUAAAAGAGUGCAGAGAGGCAAGUGUAGCCCCGAGGUUGUUGUGAAAGAGUGGGUUGUGCGGCCAGGCUGUGAUAUGGCAACACCUGAACUAGUCCACGGAACAACGCUAGACUGGUCUUCACAGGUACCAACGGUGAAGCGGCUUUGGCUUGGUCAACUAGUCGAGGACAAGAACAGAAGACUCCGUGCAUUCCUUAGUUGUAUGGGUGGAGAUUACUCGCCACUGAUGUUAAAUACGUCCUACGUGCCGCAGCAUUUGCUUAUCCUGUGUUGUGUUUUACGAUUCAUGAUGAUGAAUAAAGACAGUUGUCUCCUUAGGAAACAUGAACUUGAUGCAUUCCUUGCACAGAGUGUCUCGCGCCAUUUACACACAUAUCACCUUCGCCAAGAAAUCCAGUUGCCCAGUAUACAGCCUCGUGGCAUGCACUUAGGCACCCUGUUCAUGUCCGGAGUGGAAGCCGCCAUCUAUGCCAAUGAUGUCUGUGGGGCACCAAUUCCAUGGUCGAUGUGUUGUCCCUGGAGGUUCUUUGAUGGUAAGGUGUUCCAUUACAAGUUAAUCAAAGCCAGCAGUGGUGCUCCCUUGGUGGAUAUCUGUGAAGGACAGGUGGAGAUGGUGAUGGCUGUUGAGAGGAUGCGACAAGCCAUAAUGGAGGGUGUGAGUUUCGAAUUUGCCAAGCCAACAUUUGGUGCUGGUGGACCCCCAUCUCAUGGUAGUGGUCACUAUGAGUACCAACCGGCUGGAUCAUCCCCUCAUCAGACCCCACCAAGAUCAAGGCCUGGAUUUGGUAGAGCCAGGGGAGGGGGAGCAUCGACAUAUGACCCCAGGGGUGGAGAACUGCAGGUUGCUGGAGUGGUGGUUGGGAGCUGGGCCGGUGGUGGUCAGGGACGUCGAGGUUCCCCAGUUGGAUUGACUCAGCCAAUCCCACCUAGUAUUGGGAGGGCAAAGCGUGGAGGGUACGGCAUGCAGAUGCCUCCGAUGAGAGGUAGAGGGGCCCCACCGCCACACUUUGGCCAUCCAAUGUUCAUGCCUCAUACUCCACCUGGCUACAUGGGAAGGGGACGUGGUGUGUUCAGGGGUACUGGACCCGCACGCUAUCUUGGCAGACCAAGGUCAUCUUCACCGAGGAGAGGCAGAGGAGGUGGCAGCUCUCGAGGACGAGGUUCUACAGUUGAGGCACCCGAUGGGUCUGGGUCCAUCUAUGUUAGUCAGUUGAGCACAGAAGAGUCAUACAGAGAUGUGGAGGGUGACACUAGUCUAACUCUUGAAGUUCAUCCUGGUCCAAGCAGCGGAUCGGACAGUUCCCCGCACGCUGGUCACAGCCCUGACAGUGGGAUCCAUGUUCCGAGGACAACACCUGGUGAUGUCGACUGAGGAGACAAUUGGUCAAAUGAGGAUUUAAUCUUUGAAGUUUCGCUGGCUAGAGGAGUGAAGCGGAUGCUGUGGUGCGACACACUGCGGCCUGGAUGGAGAGAUGGUAUGGCAGUGCGAUCCGGUCUCGUAAAUACCGGUUCAAUGUGAUGGAGGUAGUAUUGGUGCCAGAUUGUUAUUUAUUGUUGCCAUGGUUACUCAAGACUGCUGCAAAGACGUUGUUGGCCUAUUGAGGUUGUUGAUUUUAUUGAUUGAUAGUCCGAGCCUGUAGGAGGCGUUGUUCCGUAAAGAGUCUGUAGCGAGAGGAGUUGGUAAGUACAGUGGACAGAAUAUCAUCAGGUGCUGAAGAACGGAAGCUAUAUCAGGAGAUUGAUCUCAAAUGGAGCAUAUUAUCUUGUGGUGUUCAGAUGCUGCUGAUUGCACAAGGAUGGUGGAUUUCCAAACAGAUGUUCAGCAGACGAUCAGGGCGUGCCAGAAUUUAUUGAUUUAUUUGAAAAUCAAGCUACAACUGUGAAUUUGACUCAAGCUGACAUUACGCACAAAUUUGGAGAAAAUGUUAUUUGUAUAAGACUUUCUAACAUCUUAUGAAACGCCCGUGCUACUUUUUGACUUCGUGACUUUAUUUUGGAGUUUUUGAUAUAAUUGUAAAGUUAAAUGCUUUUGUUACCAAUUUUUGUGGUUGUGUGGGUUUAGAGAAUUUUAGAGGUUUGUGGUUGGUAAAGCGCUGCACACGUUUAUGUUGUCCUCUUUCAUGUAGAACCUCAGUGUUUAUUACUGGUAUGUCUUCACCAGGCAAGUUGUGUUGAACAAUGUUUUAGAUGUUGUGCGAUGUCGUGAUUUGUACUUGUAAAAUCUGUGUAUAUACAUGUACAUCUGACACAAGUACUUUUCACCUUAAGAAAGUCUCAGUACUCAUGGGUCAUUUUUAUUUAGGAUAUCAUACUUGUGACUUUGUACUUAUUAUUCAGGUCCAUACUCCUGUAAACCUCAUAUCUUGUGUGAUCUAUAAAGUUUGUUGAACAGUUAGAGUAUUAAUUGUUAGCUGGACUGAUGUUUAUAAAAGAAUUAGUUUUAUCUCUUCCUCUAAAUGAGGGCUGUACUGACUUGCAAUUUUAGGUGAUACGUGUCUUGAAUGUGAUCAUGUUGUUGUCACUCUCUAGGGCUUUGAGGAUGUACUUGGGACUUCAAUCAACAAGUAUUAAGGCGAAGGGUCGAAAGCAAAAGGUUAAGGAAAUCCUUAUAUUUUCAAAUAAAAAUAUUCAGCUGCAACUCAAAUAAGAAACUUCUUCGUGCCUGUGAAAAUAAUUCGAACCUUAAAUUUCGAUGAAAGUGUGUGUAACCCACGUUUGGGCAAUAUACCGGUACCCAAGAAACUCCAAGGUACAGUGUAACACUAACAAAUCAAAACUAUGUUCGAAAUUGUUCAUUAUGUUUUCUGAAAAGAAACGGUGAUAUAUUGCUAUAAAAAAUGUUGUAGUUAUGAAGUCUAUAAACCUAUCUGUAUUGGGCGUAACACAUGGGCAUUUUCUCCACUACUGUGUGGUCUUGUCAGUAUGCGACUACUGUCUGACUGCUUUUCAGCCGAAUCCUGUGAUCAAACAACCAUCUUGACAUUAUGGAAGCAAUGUGGCAAGUCAGGCACCAGUAUCAAUAACCUAUGGGAACAUUAAUCUAGUAUUUGUGAGAAGUUUAUAGCUAAUCAAAAUGUUUUGCAAAAAAGGCACGACAGGCCUUUCAAAUUAUAGUAUAAAAAGGAUCAAAUUGGUGUCAUCAUAUGUCUAUUUCGCUGUGUAACAUUAUUGCUGUCGCUACAAAACUAGGCAACGCCACGCGACUCCAGCUAAUAAAUAUCAAAGAGAAAAUUUGAAUUCGAAGAAGUUGGUUUGGAAUAUGAAAAAGAGGCUUUGUUAUUAGUUCAAUACUGCUGCUGUAAAUUAGAAGAUUUGUUAAGUUUUUGUUGACUUGAUGAAACGUGCCCUUGUUAAUUUUGUAAUCAGAAUUCAAUGAGGCAGAGAAAAGGUUUCAUUGCCCAAUUUCGUUAAUUGUCUUUGUUGAAUGUACGAGCACAGUCAUUGUUUUUUCCAGUCGACCACGAAUCAUACAAUUUUGAUGUUGUCUAGUGUUUUGGAGUUGUGUCUGUUAUUUGUUGUUCAAGCCAAAUAUAUGUAUUGCAUUCAUGUGGUGCAAGUCACCUUGUUGUCAUUUCAGAAUCUCACUUUUGAUAAGUCAAUGUUGAUAUUGCAACUGAAGUUAAAUACUGAGGUGUAGCCAGGAUUUUAGAGAGGGGGUCAUUUUCAAGAUAAAUCUACACCUGAGUUAUUGACUUAAAGAACAAUGAACAAUUUAAAAGGUGGACAUUUUGAAAGCAUGUUGAGAUUUUUUAGGUGUGUUCUGUUUGAAUUUCGGAUGCAAACAACUACUUGGCGUUUACCAGCAUGCAGUAGACGUUCCUUACCUAGAUUAGUCAUUCGCGUCUGUAAUCGCCCUAUAACCAAUGUACCCAUCAGAUAAUCACAUAUAAAACAUAAAUAUCUCAUUUAAAUAUAUAAAAGUACGAUGUAAUGUUGGUAUAUAAAUGGCUUAAAAAGUAAGAUGGCAAAAUUUGAAAACGUGUCGUAAUUUGUACUUGGUGUGAUUUGGUUGAAAAUUAACAGGUUUUUGAUGACAGAUUUUUGAUGGAAUUUGCCUGUAAAACUAAGCGUGUUCUAGUUUGAGUGUAAGCCAUUGAUCAAUGGCCAUUAUUUAUUGUCAGUUUAAAGGAACUUUACAACAAAAAACUAUGAGUUGAUACGUCAUUGCAUUGCCGCAUUUUAUAGUCAUUACAUCUGUUUGAAUCGUGUCUUUUUUUCGAUACCACGUUUUUCAUUUUCAUCCUUUGGUAGUUUCCCUUGUGCUCUUAUUUUUGUGUGAUUAUUUCUUUUUCGGAACAUGCUUUCCACAUAUUCAGUUCUUGCUCAUAUUUCGACGUGAUGUCCUUGUUAGUUAAAACAUUUGAUAAGUUCUUAGUCCUUGAUUACGUAGUGGUCUAGUAAGAUAAUCAUGUAGGUAUAUAAUUAGUUGAAUUUAGGCAUUAAUUAGUACAGAAUAACCGUAACCGUAUUAUUUUGAGAUGCAUCUUCCAAGAAAUCAGUUUCAUGAAACAUGUUUUAUGUGAUGAAUAUUUUUAUACUAAUCAAAAGAUUUUGAGUUCUUGGUGAUAAUCCAUUUCUUGUUUACAUGUGUGACUUGGUGUUGUUCAAGAUCAUUAAACUUUAAAUGGGAUUGUGAUAUAACCAUGUUACAUGUCAUUGUCAAGUAAAGUGUUCAUAUACUUUUGAAGUAAACCUCGUUAGAAAUGUCACAGAUGUUCUUGUUACACGGGUCUGAUUAUUAUGCGUCUAAAGUAAGGCCAGUUAUGUGGCAAUAAUACAAUUGUUCAUGUAUACUCCAUGCUCAAAUGGCUACCAUGCAGACUUUACCAACCACAGACUGAGUAAACAAAAGUAACUAUGUUCAAAUGGCUUUAUUUUCACAAGUACAAUAUUUCAGGAGGAUAUAUGUAUUUCAUGUAAAAAGUAUGACCAGCGUUCUCCACAUGCUUUCUGUAGGGCAUAAUGACAACCUCGCCUUUAAAUGUCAAAUCUUCUGAAGCCCUUAUUUUGCUGUUUUCAUUCUGUGGCCAUUUUACAUACUUUCAUCGGUUAAUGGGCCCUGUUGGUCCAUGUCAUGCAAAGUUUUCAAAGAUUUGCUAGUUGCCUUUGAAGCGGCCGCAAGAAAUUCUUGCUGUUGGCAGAUUCUUUACUUGCUAGUGUUUGUAUUUUUGGUACUGAACGACUUAGUGUUGUGGGGAACGCUGGCUUUAAAGUCCUUGGCUUUUCUGUCUCAGAUACCUUUUAUUUGACAAGUUGCUCAUGGAAUGGAUUCUUCCCAGUUCGACAGAUUUUCGCAUGGAAUUUCAAGCCACAAGUUUGUAUCUAUGGCAACCGACCUGUUUCUCAGACAACUUAGCCAAGGCAAUGAAGCAGAGGGGUUGUAGGUGAUGUCACUGCAGUCAGUCAGAAUCGCGCCAUUGACUUCGAUGGUCAGUGGAAGUAAUGCUGUUUUAGUGAUUGGCAACUGCUGGAAUUGAGACCAAACAUUGAAGGUCAAGGAAGACACAUUGAUGCUGUCCUUUGACCAACAACUUCUAAUGCAUUCUCAUUUCCUCAAAACCUCACCCACAUCAACCAUUCCACCUCUUUCCUGUAAGAUCAAUUUGUCUGCAGAUGGGAUAAUUUCCAUGUUCAUCACCCCAUUGACAUCACUACACAAUCCCCCUGGUGUACUGUAGUGUUACUAAAUUGUCAACCGCCAUCUAUUAUACCAAAACUUGAGCACAAUCUGUCACUAGGCACAAUUUAACUUGUAUGCAUCUUUUCUUACGACUAAAGUCUGCUUUCAUUCCAUGCCUGUUGUAUGUUUUUAAGUGACACAUCCUAAACUAAUCACUAUGUGAAGGAAGCAAUUUCUGACGCUGCAGUGUUUUUCAAGUUCAUUUCUCGAAAACACUUUGAGUUUCUGUGUAACAGUAUCACUGUUUUAAUCAAUCUCUUUGUUUUACCCCUUGAAUUCCUAUGAUAAAUCUUAUGGAGUCUGAUUUCAGUGAAGUUUACCACUGAUGCAAAACAUACCAGCCGUGAACCCUGUCAUGUCCUGAUGUUCAGAAUCAUUUCAUGUCAUUAGAGGUUGCUUCCUUCGCCCUCACCUUGCCUUGAUUUUACCACUGAUUGCCAAGAAUGAGUUUGUUGGAAUUUGCCACAUGCAGUUGACAGUUAUUGCCAUGUUACCCCAGUCUAUUGUCUGUCUUGUAUCUCAGGAGGACAUAGUAGUUUUCAACUGAUUUCCCAAAGAAACUAGUUAAAAUGUCUCUCAAGAUUCACCAAAGAUUUUCUCCGACCAGAACGCUCUUGACCUGCAGAGCUUUUGUAGGCCGGAGAAAAUGUAUCAAAACAGCAACAGUAGUUCCGGGUUCAGUUGGCUAUUUCUUAUGAUAAUCAUUAUGAAAUGAUGAUGAAAGUUUUAUAGUGCUAAAUCCAGUGCGCAGUUUCAUCUCUCAAGGGGCUUCAACUUUUGUACUGCCCCGGCUAUUGGCCUGUACUUUCCAAAUUCAUGCUCAACUCUCUGGGGUAUCACCUGUUAAAGCUGCAUGUAUUUAACGCACAAGACUGGCAUUCACCUUUGGCCGUCUCGGUUCCCAUUUACUCCUUGGUGGAGACAACCAAGUAGGGUUAAGUGCCUUGCUCAAGGACUCAAAGAGCAAAGCACUGUGAUUCUUCGAACGUUGAACCCACAACCUAAGCACUCUUAACCACUUUGCCUCUUGAUCUUCCUUUAUGAAGAAACGUGACUUGGUUAUCAGUUGGUUUCUUGUAUCUUUCGUGCCAGGAUCCUCCAUCUCUCUGUGUAACUGAUUGUUAACUUCUUUGUUGUUUAUUGAUACAUUCAUCACGCAUUUAUGUCAUUCUUUGAAAAAUUUAUGCCAGUGUUGAAAAAAAUGUGCUAAUGCAUGAAAUGUGACUACAUUUCAUUUUACUGGUAGGGUCUCUGUUAAAUUAUCAAAAAUGUGUUCUGUUUGUGUGAACUUCCAUGUUUCAACUUACAAAUGUGAAAAUGCAACAAAACCAUUUCUGACUUCUGAGCAAGAUUUCAGUGGUGUGUGCCUGCCUCUCCCUAUUUUUACAUGCCCCAGACAGAGCAGGCUCGAGUUCAAAAAUUGAAUCCUGACCAUCAUGUAUGCAAUUUGAUUACAAUAGUCCAGGCUUGUUUUGUCCCAAUUGAGGAAUUUACUGCAAAUGCUCUGGAGCUCUAAAAAAAGCUUUCAUCAAACUCCAUAUAAUGCUAUGAUAAUUAAUAGUGCUGUAAUACAGAUAAUUUUCUUGAAAAUAUUUCGUCAAACUACUCAUAAUGAUGUAAUUCACAGGUAAGUUUCGUGGUGCUAACUGUUAAUGAGCACAUCAUCGCCCUAGUUUUGUUCUAUGUUCGCAAUUUAGAUCACAGCUGCGAAAAAAGCCAACUUGUUAUUGAAUUUUUUGUGAUGUACAACUUGACUUCAAGUUGUUGAUGACCUAUAUUCUACAAUUGACUUUGAAUUUCUUCGUCAAUUUACAAACAAAGCAUAAUUCUGUUCUCUCCAUCAGUGUUACCUGUCGCAAAGACUUUCAUCCUUCAAAGCUGUCAAACGCAUUCAGAUCAAACAUUUUAUAAGAUCAAUCCAAAGGUUUUGGAUACGUAUUCAUAUUACAUCAAUUCUGUCCAAAAACAAUUCUGUCAAACAGAGCAGACUAAACACCAAAUGUCUCCAAACUGUUUCAACACCACCUUUUCAGCACCUAUUUUUGCCUCAGCUUCCCAGUGGAUGGACUAAGAAAGAUUCAGUGUCGUAUUGGUAAAAGUCCUCGUGGGAAAGCAAUGUCUUGGAAGGUUGCUGUGCUGCUCCUUCAGUUCAGUCUACCUGGCACCUGUGGCAAACAAGGCGGCUCGAUAGCGAAACAGUUAAAAAGAGACAGCAGACAAGAAGCACGAAGAUUUAUAAAACGUGGCUACAUGUGCUAUUAGUUUUCACUCCCGAUAGGAUUUCCUGGAAAGACAUUCGCUAUCUUGGGUUUAGACUUUCUCUAGGAGACACCUGCACCUGCGGAGGUCCUUGUAGCAUUUGUGUUUUAACCUGUAAAAGGUUGCAAAGGGAUUCUGAAUCCAAAUUAUAUACCGUACUUAAGAUUCUUUGGCUCAUUCAUCACAUUAUUAUGUUGUUUCAUGUAAUUCAGUGCAAAAUGUUGGCCGAUAUGACACACUUUGAUGUCAACUCGAUGUUUAUCAUGAUACCCCGUACUUUAAAGGCAGCAUACUAUAUCUCAUCGUUAGGGGUAUCGGGGUAAAAUGUAGGAUUUCCUUCUGAGAUGAUCCGGGUUUCCCCCAGAGGGAGGAUAGGGGAUGCACAUAUGAUCGGGGAGAAGGGGGAUGGGGAUGCACGUAUGUCAGCCCCCUCCCACCACCACCCACCCACCCACCUGAAAGCCGAUGACAAAAAUUUGUGAUGUGAAGUUUAAUGGGCAUUUGUGAGCCAAUUGAUAAGGUUUUAUGUUCAAGUAACGCCUCAGAAGGGGUUAUUUACAAUUUUGGGAGAAAUUGUGUGUUUUUUUCAAACUUUAUUUGUACACCCCCUCCCCUCCCCCUUCCAAAUGAAAUCCUGGACAAUAGUGACUUACUUUUAGGUGAAUCGGUUUUCUCAGACUUAAUGCCAAUAUACUGUAACCAUGACAUUGGAUUGUGGAUACCUUAUUGGACAAUUCAAUGGUUUCAUUAUUGGGACAUAUUCAGUCUCUUUGACGAGUUGGUCACCUCAGAAUUGAUACCUUUGUACCCUCCCCAUUGUCCUGGGCCAAAAAAGGGUUACGAACGUCGUGAAUUCCUCCAUUUGUGAAGUGGGCUAUAAUGUAGUUCUGAGGUGACCCGAAUCAUUCACAUCAUUUUCCUAAAUCAUUGUGAUUAGCCUGGCAUUUUCUGUUGAGAUAUUUGUUUAUAAAACUUGGAAGAAGUCUACUUUUGUACUUUUGUAAUUUUGCAUUUGAUAUGAACAUGUGGCGGUUUCUUUAUAUGUCGGGUAUUGUAUGAUUGAUGCUGUGAUUAAAUGUAGAUUUGUACCAUUAAUAUUGUAUAGCCUGAAAGUACUUUGAACUUGCAGUGAAUAUCCUUUUAACAACCAAUUGAAUGCCAAAAGUAGGCCUUCUGCUCUGUCGGUAUGGAUCCCUUCUUCAUCACAUGCUGUCCUGCCAUAUUUGGGCUGAAAACAUUACCAUGGAUGGCGAAACAAGGACAUUGCUUAGAUCCAACACCGCUCAUGUACUCUGAAAAAUAAUGCAAUGUCAUUUGAAAUAUGAAUAUAAUGUCAAAAAUAUCCAAGCUAGCUCAGGCUCUUCUAGCAUACAGAAAAAGGGAUGCAAGGGGAAAGUGAAACUUUUUCUUCUCGGAAAGAAUGUUUUCUAGGAAGUUGAUUGCAUAUACUUUCUGAGCAAGUUCUAUGCCGUCAGAAGAUCGUCAAGUAAAACAGUGUACAAGUUGGUCCCUCAGUAUUGUUUUGAAUUAGAAGUUUUAAAGUCUUGCCUCCAUCAUAAAUCAAGUAGAUAUGAAGUUUUUUGCGAGAUGUAGUGGAAAAUCUUGGUGUCUGUCUUUUGCCAGAGCAGGUCAUGUAGACAUUUGUCACAGCAAAGUUUUGCCGCAAGUUCAAAACAUUUUCAGGUUUUAGUUAGAAAAGUGUUGUUAAUAUAUUUUUGGCACCUUCAGAAAGUGUUGGGACUUGGGAGUGUCGAUCUCGAAUCUUUUGCAGCAUUUUGAGAAAGGCUGUUGCUCGUUUUUUUUUUCUGCACUGAAAGACAUGGAAGGUUCCAAAGGGUUUUCUGUGGUUUAAUAAAUUGAUAUUGUGAACACAUGCAAAUUUAUUUGGUCUUCAACCUAUGAGAAACAACUUUCGAAAGAUGUGUGAUUUGGGUACCAGUUGAUGCAUCACCAUAUACUUAAAUAGGUUUAAAAGGGCUUUGUGCAUUUGUUUGCAAUUCAUUGUUGAAAAAAAGUACAUAAGCCACAGAAAUUAUCUUGCCAAGUCGAUUGUUGUGAUCAGUUCUAUUGAUCAGGAAUCGUUAAAAGUUCCAGAAGUUUCUGAAGGUGAGCUAAGACAGUGUUUGUUGUAAACUUGCAUUAUAUUACAAGCAAUCAGAGGAGGCAUUUAUUACUGACUGUAACUUUUGUAAAAUAACUUAUAACAUAGUGAAAUAAUAAGCCUGUAAUGUUUUAUUUUUGCUUGAUAGUUAUUUGGGAGCUGAUCUUGCCGUCGACCCUAGAGUUAUUUACGUGAAGGUUUAUUGCGAUAUGUUGAUACAGGUAGGUAAAGACAGGGUUCUGGCCAGGCCUUUUGUACCAGCACGUUGGAAAACUUUCAACAAUACUCUUCAAGAUCUUUAUAUCAUGUUUUAGAGCUUGUAUUUCACAGAAACUUGAUCUCAUGCUUACACGUAUUUUUGAAAAUGGGUUUUCCAUCCCUGUUCUUUGAUGAUAUGAUAAAAAGCCAACCAUAUUUCUUGACAUUUAAAGAACUUUGGGCAUCUCGGGACCAGUGCCAUGCAUUUGUGGUAGGUAUGAAAUAAUCCUGGGCAUUGGUAAAAACAUCCUGGCUAGAACUCUGUAAGAUAGAGUAAUAGAUUGAGUAGGUCAGAAUUUUUUGAUUGAUCCUGCCAGAUGGACCUCGUUAGACUUAUACAUGCUUUCUAUUAGUAUCUACUAAUGAAAGGCGUUUAGAAAUGAAUUCCAAGUUUCUGCACAACUUUUUGAAACAAAUUUCAAGAAAACUGUUCAGAAGUUAUAAAGGAAUUUGUGUUGUUGAGAUGCUUUGGCCAAAUAGCGUAGUGUGGUUUAUUGUUAAUGUACGAAGCAAGCACGGAACUAUAAAUUAAGACACCCAUAAAAAAAUGCCGCCUCCUUUUGAAUAUCAAAGAAGAAGAUCAGUGGAUUCUUCUCUCCUGUGAUGUAACAAAUGCCCAAUUUAUUGGCUACAGUGUUUUUUGCGACCAUGGCACGAUAUACUUGACUCAUUGGUUGCCACAUGUUUAUUUAAAAGGGGAUUUUGAAAAUCUUUGGAACAAAAAUAAAAUGCCCCCCCCCUCCCUCGUCAGUCUGAAAAGAAGUCCACUCGGCUAUUUUCAAACUUGUGUUCUGUGAGAUGGCUUAGGGGACCCAAAAUAAAGAUUUGAGUAGGCACAACCUCAUUCCCUGAGGCCCGAGGAAACAUUCUAAAACCAUUUAUUUACUGUUUAACCAAGAGGGAAAGGAAUUGCCUACAGACAAUUCAAACACGUUUAUUUUGUAUGGUAGUCGUUUGUACAUAGCACUGUAUUCAUUUUAUGAAGAAGUCCUCUCAUGAUUUGAACAAAAAGAUUUUCAUAUCAACAAGAAAUGGUUCUUUAGCCAAUUGCAAACUUGCAGAAUCACAAAUCAGAUCAUGAAAUAUAUUUCUGUGUUGUUGUUUUGGUGGAAAUUAUAUUAUACAUUUUUGACUUGACGAUGGAUUUUUUACUAGUUGAGCAAGUUUUACUCCAGCAAUUUUGUUCUGGCACGAACCAAUAACAUUUCAGCGGUCCGGUCACAUGGUCUGGGAGGUAACUUCUCGGAGAUUGAUUUUAAAGUCUUCAAAACUAAGACUUUGUUCCUGGUUUUAUGUCAUUUGUACCACCUGUUUAUAAAUACAUGUGGGAAAAAAUGUUAAUGAACACUUCUUGUGAGUCCAUGAUAUCGUAAAAGGCAUUUUAUAUAUUGAUUAAUGUACUUGAGGAGUUCAUUUCCAAAACCUUAUCUGGUAUCCUUGAUCUUGAGAAAAUUUGUCAAAUAUCAUGCAUGUUUUUUUUUCCGGAAAAACGUUUGAAUCAGCCCUUUCUGUGAUGUCAUUGUUGGACUGCAUAUAGACAAUUGUAAAUGGUGGUUACUCUUAGAGUUGAUUUUAAUGCAGAGGUUUUUUGUGUGUUUUGGAAAUGAACUCUUUAAGAUCCAUGUGAAAAUUGUUGAUUUUAUUUGUGAAAAUGGUCUGUAUGCUGUCAGAUAGUAAUCUGGGCAUCAUUCAAGAUCAGAAACAUUGUAGAUAAAAUUUUAAAGAUAUCAAUACCGGUAGAUUUAUUGUGAAAAAGUUACAAUAUUGUUGAUUGUUCUGAUUUUUGGCUUAGUCAGGCUUUAUUAUGAUGUGUUGCAUCAACGAUUUUUGAUAGAUUAUUAUUUUUGUUGAGAAAGCAAUUUGUGUUUCUUUAUUAUGGCCUGUGUACUUAUGAAGAUUUUCAGCUGAAAUAUUUGAAUCUCUGUAGUAGACUCGCACUACUCUCUUUUAGACUCUUCUCCAGUAACUAAAAUGGCAUGAUGGGAUAAGGUGCUUCACAAACUUAACUUGAAUAUCUGAUCUGUUUUUCUUAAAAAGGGCUUUCAACAUGUUCUAGUAUGGACUCCCAAUUUCACCGUUCAAGCAUUGAGUCCACCACAAGGUACACUGGGACCUAACCUUGUAGACACCUCUGUUAAUAGGAUUUCCUCUCGAUGAGGGAAAGUGAUUUUGGUCCAUAAUGGGUCGUUUCUAUACUAUUUGACCUCUAUAAUCAGGACACCUUUCAAGACAGCAUUGUAAGUCCAAAGGGUGUUCCUAAAAUAGAGGUUCUUCUGUACUCCUAUUCCACAAUUUGAAUAGCGUUAUGCUGCCCCAGCACAGGCACCAUCAUUUGAAAUCAUUCAAAUGAUGUCCGGUAGUUGCAGUUAAGUUACUUGCCAAAAGUGUCACCUGUGUCAUAACUGAACCCAAUGUGUACAUAUUCAGCACUCGAGGCUCUUGACCUCACCGCCUCCUGCUUGUUGACCUGAUCUCGCUAACUUGUUGAGUAUGUGCUAUAAGCUCCUUGUUGUGGUAUAGGUCAUCUUGUAGAAUGCUAAGACUCCAUCAUGUCUCUUGAUUUGACUACUAUUUGUCUUGAUUUUAACUCACCUGUAGCACAGCUUCUGUUAUGUACAUUUUGCACAUGGGAGCCAUGUUCCUUGCUACAGGUGAGCACAAUGGCCCCUAGCCAUUUCUCACCUUGUUUUCGUGGGCAAAGAAUGUAUGAUUUCAGUAUUCAUUUGAUUAGGAAAUAAAAGAGGAAUGUGUUGUUAGGUUCGAAAUGACAAAUUAUGUUAACUUUGGUA